UCACUUUCCUUUCUCUCCUAAUCUCUCCACUGGCCUCCAACAAAACCUCUCUCUCUUGCUCAUCAAACCAAAUACACCUCAAGCUUUUCUUCUCAUCCAACACUCAACCACCCAAAGCCAAGAAAACCCACCAAAAAUCAAAACAUAAACAAACAAACAAAAUACAAUCUCUAGCUAGCUAGCUCAAGAAAUUAACCAAACUGCCACCCUUCAACAAACAAUAUUCAUUCUAAAAUACUUCGUUUUCUGUCAAGAAAGAAAAACAGAGUCCCACAUUUUCCAUCAGAAUUCAUCAAUGGAGACGCAUGUAGAGUCCCAAACAGCCCAAGACCCAUUUGCCUCUGCUCUUUCACUAUCAUCCUCGUCGUCGUCGUCGUCAUCAUCUUCUUCUUCUUCUUUCUGUGUCAGUAUUGUUCCUCUCUCUUUCUCUCCAGUUCAGACGUCGGAGCAUCAACGAACCGGACCGCCACAUGAUGGGACCCAGUUGCUGCAAAAUGGAGAGGCGUCGAUGGCCGAGUCAGGCAUUGAAGGGCUGAGAUUCAUUGACAUCAUGGGCAGCGGUGGGAUGCAGUGGAAGGAUGUGGAGAAGCGGUUCGACCGGCUGGCCUUCACUAACAAUGGUCCUGAAUCGGUCGUGAAAUGGUCAGAUUUCAGCUUUUGUAUAGGGAUGGAAAAAUCACCGGAAUUUGGUAAUGAGGUAUUAAGGGCAGUAAGAGGAGGAGGAGGAGGAGGAAUGGAUUGGAAAAUUCAUAUCACAAAAUGCGAGCUUCACCGUUUCUGGUGUCACAUCGUGGACCCCUGCUUCUAUUCAAGAUCACGGAUUUUCUUUGACUUGUGUGAUAGGGACAUGGAUGGACUAAUUACUGAGAUGGAUAUUAAGCAGACUAUUUUGUUAAGUGCUUCAACAAAUAAGCUGCAUUUGACUCGUGAGGAAGCAGAAUAUGGUGCCGCUUUGAUCAUGGAAGUGCUUGACACUGAAAACCGACGUUACAUUGAGCUAUCUCAAUUUGAGACGCUCUUCAAAGUAAGCAGCGUAUCAUCAAGAGGCUCAAUUCCAAGCAAUCAACAAUUAAUAAUAACUCAAUCUCCUAAUAAUGAUAGUGAUAAUGAUAAUGAUAAUGAUAAUGACCCAUUUGGAGAAGUAUUAAUCUCAUCAUCAAAAUCGGAAAUUAUAUUUCGAUCAUAUUGGCGACGUGCAUGGAUAAUCUUGGUUUGGAUGGGCGUGUGCUUUGCACUUUUUGCAUGGAAAUUCUAUGAAUACAGCCAUAGAACAUCUUUCCAAGUGAUGGGCUACUGCAUCUCCACUGCCAAGGGUGCUGCAGAAACCCUAAAGUUCAACAUGGCUCUAAUUCUCCUCCCCGUUUGCCGUAAUACAAUCACAUGGCUUCGAAAACAUCAAUGGGUCAACUCCAUUGUUCCUUUUAAUGAUAAUAUCAACUUCCACAAGUUGAUUGCAGGAGGGAUAGUGGUAGGUGUGAUAUUACAUGGGGGCACCCACCUUGCUUGUGAUUUCCCAAGAAUUAGUAGCUCAGACCAGUCAAUAUUCCGGCGAACGAUCGCGGCCCGAUUCCAGUACCAUCAACCAUCAUACAUUGAGAUAUUGGCCACUACUGAGGUAGUAACAGGAAUUACUAUGGUAGUACUAAUGGCCAUUGCAUUUUCACUAGCAACAAAGUGGCCGCGCCGGCAGUCACCGUCGCUGCCAAGGUCCGUCCGGAGGGUCAUCGGAUAUAACACCUUUUGGUAUUCACACCACUUGUUCAUUCUUGUCUAUGCAUUGCUCAUUAUUCACUCCAUCUUCCUCUUCCUAACCGACAAUCUAAUUGAGAAAACGACAUGCAUUUACAUUGCCAUUCCUGUUUUAUUAUAUGCGGCGGAGCGGAUCUUUCGAGCUAUAAGAUCCGGGUCAUACGAGGCGAAAAUUUUCGAGGCAAGCAUUUAUCAAGGAAAAGUUGUGUCCCUCAAAUUGCAAAAACCAGAAGGUUUUAAGUACCAGAGUGGCAUGUACACAUUCAUUCAAUGCCCUCAAAUUUCACCUUUUGAAUGGCAUCCAUUCUCCUUAACUUCAGCACCAGAAGAUGAAUACCUUACUGUGCAUAUUAGAACCCUGGGAGACUGGAGUUUCCAAAUAUACAGCCUCUUCCAAGAGGCUAAAUUAUGUGGGACAAAGGAGUAUCCGAAAAUAUACAUAGAUGGACCCUAUGGUGCUGCCUCUCAAGACCAUGUGAAGUAUGAUAUUGUUGUGCUGAUUGGCCUUGGCAUAGGAGCCACACCCUUUAUGAGCAUCCUCAAAGAUGUGGUUAACAGUCACCAAAACACACAUUGUGAUCGAAGUGAUCGCGGGGAUUGUAGCAUAAGAAAGGGUCCAUUAAAAGCCUACCUUUAUUGGGUUACAAGAGAACAAAGCUCCUUUGACUGGUUUAGAGAUGUGAUGAAGGAGAUAUCAAAAUCAAACCAAAAACAGUGUAUAGUUGAGAUGCAUAGCUUCCUAACCAGUGUGUAUCAAGAAGGGGAUGUGCGAUCAGCUUUAAUAAGCGCAGUUCAAGCAUUAUAUCACGCCAAGAAUGGCAUUGACUUUGUCUCCAAGACUCCUGCACAUACACAUUUUGCGCGACCAAACUGGUUCAACAUUUUCUCAAAAUUGUCUCGUCAACACAGAGGAGCAAAGAUUGGGGUUUUCUACUGUGGCCCAUCAGCAUUGGCAAGAGAGUUGGAGAGGUUAUGCACCAAAUUCUCCACCAAAACCUCUACUAGAUUUGUAUUUCAUAAGGAGAAUUAUUAGACGUUUUCAUAACCACCCUAAUGCAUAUUGUACCAAUUCCACCAUUCAGAAGAGCAUAAUCACAUCACCCAUAAGCUCUGUAUAUUGUGACACUAUGGUUCUCUCUCUCUCAUUUGCCUGAGCAACAGAAUUAUGUUGCUUUUGUGACUAUAACACAAGCCAGCUUCAGCAAGGACUGUCUUGUGUCCAUAUUACAAAAUUGAUAUUGAAUACGACACUACUUUGAAGUCUUAAACCAGUUUCUCCUUUUGAGAGGU